AUGCGUCUCUACAGCAUCAUAACAAGCCUAAUGGCAACCACAUCCGCCCUCACUCUCAAAUCCACCAAACACUGGACAAUCGGCACCGACAUCCAAGGUUCCGAACGUCUCAACGGCGUAAGCUAUCAAGAAGACGCGCUCAUCACAUACGGCGACUACCAAUAUGUCACUUUCUACGAAACUGCCCCAGCAGGGUAUCUCAACCAUUUCGUGCGGUUAGGUAGAAGGAAGAUCGCGCCCAGUGUCGCGGACUGGGAGUAUCUCACUUUUGAGGACUAUACGCAAAAGACUAUGGAUGGUCAUAACAUGAUUUCCAUGGGAAUUUCGGGGGAUGGGAAGAUUCAUCUCAGUUUUGAUCACCAUAAGGAUGUACCAAUCAAUUACCGUGUUUCGAAAGAGGGAAUUGCGAAGGAAGUCCCUUCUAAGUGGUCUGCGGAGCUGUUUGGGCCGGUUGUUCAUUCUCUGGACGGAUCUGAGGGACCAUACUCGCCUUUAACGUACCCUCGUUUCGAGCCUCUUCCCAACGGCGAUAUGCUUCUUGAGUUCCGCAUUGGACAAUCUGGAUCUGGAGAUAGCUACAUCCACCGCUACAGCUCUUCCACAGGCAAAUGGACAGCCCAGGGCAUGUACAUCCAAGGCGACGAUAACAAUGCCUACAUCAACGGACUAGACUACCUCGACGGAAAGCUUUACACAUCCUGGACCGUUCGAGAAACGCCAGAUGCUGAUACUAACCACGGCGUCUACUUUGCGUACUCCAACGACGACGGGAAGACGUGGUUCAACACCAAUGAUACGAAGCUGAGCAAGCCUAUCUCGACUUCUGACGAGAGCACUUUAGUGUGGGAUAUACCGCAGGAUAGUCGUAUGGUCAACCAGGAGGGACAGUAUAUCGAUACAAAGGGACGUUUCCAUGUCUUGAUGAGGGAUGUGUUGUCUGGGAAGCACCUUUACCAGCACUAUCUCCGAGACACCAGUGGAAAAUGGACGAAGAACACCAUCAAUCCCGCCGGUCUCAACGGUCCUGACUUAUACGAUCCUCGAGGCAAGUUCGCUGGAGAUGCGUCAGGCGAAUACUUGUUCGGUCUUCUUCCGGACCCCGUGAAGCAGGCAACAGGAAUUUACGUCGCCACAGCCUCCAAGGGCUUCAAGGACUGGACGGCGCUUGCUGAGAUCCCCAACACUUCGACAGAGCCGUUGUUCGACAAGACACGGCUGCAUGAGUUUGGUGUGCUGAGUGUGUUUGUGAGACAGGCUGGUGGAUUCCCGGAUAGAAAGCUCCAGGUCUGGGACUUUGAGCUGGACCUGUAG